AUGUUUCCCACGUGCGAUAACCACAGUCAGGCGGCAUUGACAGCUCUCGUUGCUGAGAUUAUCCCUAUAGAACGAACCCCGACACUGCAAGAAAAAACACAAGGCGAGCUCGCAGAACAACAUGAUAUCCUUGAGGUGCUGGGUAAAAGUGUGUCGGCUGACAUUCAUGACGAUUCCCUGCACGUUCCAGCUCAGGUCGUCCAACUCACAACAGAGCUCGUGAGGAUUGUCUCUCAAAUAUCGCCCGAUGAGUCUGCGUGUCAGAGCCCUACCAGGAAUAUUUUAUCACAACUGCUCAACAGUCCAGUUUUCCAAAAGCUCAACCCCAACAAGACGAAUUCAGCCUACAUCUUGCAGUUCCAACGUAGAUCCCCUCCCAUGGUAGCGGCUGGUGUAAUAUGUGUAGAGAAGGCAGAAUUGGGCUGGGACGGCGAAGGUUCCAUUCAAGGCUCUUUUUCAUACGCUCAGUACUGGACACAGAAAGACAUCCAACGCGAACGAUUCUUCAAAGCAUGCUGCUGCCCAUCUUUCAUUGUAUCCAUUGCUGGACUUUGGAUCGUCAUCCUAGGCGCCAUCUUCCGGACUCUUCCGAUUGUCCAGCGUUUGACCGACUAUCUAUGGCUUGGCAAUAGCCGUGCUAAUGACGACAAUCAUGCUCUUCGCCUCGCUUGUGUCUUCCAGUCUCUGAGAUUGGCCAUCGAUGAUCUUGAGAAGUACUACCAGGAUCUUCCCACUCGCUUCUUUCCUGACAUCACCGAAUACAACGAUGGCACGAAAGUCGUCAGAUUCCAAUACCUUCAGCCCUUGGAAGUAGAUGAGGUGUGCACGAUGUUCCUCGCGAAGCUUGACGAAGCACAUGGAGAGGAACAGGUCGUUGUGAAGUUUGUUCAGCGAUAUGGUGCCGAGGCCCACAGACUGUUGGCAAGUAAAGGAAAGGCAUCAGCACUAAAAUACUGCGGUCCGAUUUCCAGCAAUGGAAAGUACUGGUAUGGUUCCCUUCAGAUGGUCGUUAUGGAGUUCCUACACGGCCAGGCGGUAGCACAAAAGUACGAAGGGAGCAUUCUGGAGACGCUGUGCGAAGCGGUUCGAGGUGCUGUUCAGAUUCUUCACGAUCAGUCAUUCGUUCCUGGAGAUAUUCGCACGCCAAAUAUUGUGAUCGUUGAUGGUGCGGGAGAUGAAGGGGAGAGGAUGAGGAUCGUUGAUUUUGACUGGGCUGGUGAGCAAGGCAAAGUCAGGUAUCCGAUGCACCUCAGCGACUAUAUAAGGAACAUAUAUGGUGUCAAGGACUACGAUAUGAUUACAUUUCAGCAUGACAUGCAGAUGGUAGAUGCGCUAUAG